AUGCAGGUGCGUUUCCUAGAACAGCAGAACCAGGUGCUGGAGACCAAGUGGGAGCUGCUGCAACAGCUGGACCUGAACAACUGCAGGAAGAACCUGGAGCCUGUAUAUGAGGCCCACAUCAGCAGCCUGCAAAAGCAGCUGGACACAGUGUCUGGGGACAGAGUACGGCUGGACUCAGAGCUGAGGGGCAUGCGGGACACGGUGGAGGACUGCAAGAAGAGGUACGAGGAAGAGAUAAACAAACGCACGACUGCGGAGAACGAAUUUGUGGUGCUUAAGAAGGAUGUGGACGCAGCGUACAUGAGCAAGGUGGACGCCCUGGACGGCGAGAUCAAAUUCCUCAAGUGUCUGUACGAGGGGGAGAUUGCCCAGAUGCAGUCACACAUCAGCAACACGUCCGUCAUCCUGUCCAUGGACAACAACCGCAGCCUGGACCUGGACAGCAUCAUUGCCGAGGUCCAAGCUCGGUACGAGGAGAUCGCCCUGAAGAGCAAGGCCGAGGCUGAGACAGUGUACCAGACCAAGUUCCAGGAGCUGCAGCUGGCAGCCGGCCGGCACGGGGAUGACCUCAAGCACACCAAGAACGAGAUCUCGGAGUUGACCCGGCUCAUCCAGAGACUGCGAUCAGAAAUCGAGAGUGUGAAGAAGCAGUGCUCCAACCUGGAGACGGCCAUUGCUGACACCGAGCAGCGAGGCGACUGCGUCCUCAAGGAUGCCCGGGCCAAGCUGGAUGAGCUGGAAGGUGCUCUGCAGCAGACCAAGGAGGAGCUGGCACGAAUGCUGCGUGAACACCAGGAGCUGAUGAGUGUGAAGCUGUCCCUGGACAUCGAGAUCGCCACGUACCGCAAGCUGCUGGAGGGCGAGGAGUGCAGGAUGUCUGGAGAACACACCAGUUCCGUGAGCAUUUCCGUCAUCAGCAGCUCUGCGCCUGGGACCAGCGGAGGGGCUGGUUUUGGGUUCGGUAGCACUGGUGCCUAUGGCUACCGGCCCAGCUCCGUUGGUGGGGGCUACGGCAUCCUGUCUGGGGGCUGCUUCACCGGUAGCGGGAAUUGCAGCCCCCAUGGAGAGACCAAGACCAGGCUGGGUAGCACCAGUGAAUUUAAGGAAGUUUCAGGAAAGAACGUGGCUUUGGGCUCACCCACAAAGAAAACCAUGAGAUAG